GCUAUCUGCACAGACAGAGAAAUCACCGAAACUGUGAGCGUACGAUAAGAGGAUUGAGGUGGACGAGAAGGAAGCUGGUGUGCGCAAAGCAAUGCCUGCUCAUUUCUGAAUUCGAUGCUCUUCCUCCUCAUGGAUUUUGGCAUUUCUUUUCCUUUUGAUUAAUAUAUUGAGCCUCGAAUCACGCCUGCUCACUCGCACCAACAAACAUAGAUAACGCGAGCCCAGGUUCAUCGGCAACCCCCUCCCUGUAAACUUAGUGCAACUUCUUCGCAGCAGUUGAAACGGUUUAUAAGAGGACAGGAUCUUGAACAACAGUGACAUUUCCGACAAGAUCCGUUCAAGUAGGUAUUGAUUCUGCUUGAAACGAAGCAAUCUUUCGUUGAACUGAUCAACAGAAUCAGCUGUACCGUGCUUUUAUUCGGCAAUGCAAGUGGAGGAAUUGAAGCCAUUGCAACUCAUCUUGAAGUUCUACUAAGUUUUGAGUCAUUUGGCUUGAUAAAAGGGUGAUUUUUAGGUUCGUUGAGAGGUGAAGAUGUCUUCGUGGGACAAUCUUGGGGAGCUUGCAACUGUGGCCCAACUUACGGGCCUGGACGCGGUGAAGCUGAUUGGAUUGAUCGGGAAGGCCGCGAACACUGCGCGACUGCACAAGAGGAACUGCAGGCAAUUUGCGCAGCAUUUGAAGUUAAUCGGGAACUUGCUGGAGCAGCUCAAGAUCUCAGAGCUUAAGAAGUACCCCGAGACGCGGGAGCCUCUGGAGCAGCUUGAGGAUGCGUUGAGGAGGUCCUACAUCUUGGUCAACAGCUGCCAGGACCGGAGCUAUCUGUAUUUGUUGGCAAUGGGAUGGAACAUCGUGUACCAGUUCCGAAAGGCCCAGAAUGAGAUUGACAGAUACUUGCGGCUUGUACCGUUGAUUACUCUUGUGGACAAUGCUAGAGUCAGGGAGAGACUUGAAGAUAUUGAAAAGGAUGAGCGAGAAUACACAUUGGAUGAAGAGGACAGAAAGGUGCAGGAUGUGAUACUGAACCCAGAUCCCUCAACUAAUGAUGCUAUGGUGUUGAAGAAAACUCUUUCUUGUUCCUACCCAAACUUACCUUUCAGUGAAGCACUUAGAAAGGAAAAUGAAAAGCUUCAACUUGAACUACAAAGAUCACAAGCUCACUUGGAUAUGAGCCAAUGUGAAGUAAUUCAACAUCUGAUAGAUGUAACAGAAACUGCUGCUACCAAUGCCCUUCCGGAGAAAAAUUUGCCUGAAAAAAGUCACAAUAAAGUGGAACAGAAUUAUUCGGAUACCAAUAGUGACAAUGAGCAUUCAUCUGAUGAAGGCUAUCGUAAGAGAAGUGAUACUCUUACAACUUCAAGACACAUGUCUUCAGCUUCAUCUGGCCAUGAUCUGCUCUCAACUAGAGGUUCACUUCGACAUGAAGAAUGGCAUACUGAUCUACUUGGUUGCUGUUCUGAACCUUGUCUAUGUAUAAAGACGCUUGUCUUUCCUUGUGGGACAUUUUCAAAGAUUGCUACUGUAGCAACUAAUAGGCAUAUUUCUUCGGGGGAAGCAUGCAACGAUUUGAUGGCAUAUUCGUUGAUAUUGUCAUGCUGUUGCUAUACUUGCAAUGUCAGAAGAAAGCUUCGCAAGAUGUUAAACAUUACGGGAGGCUCCAUUGAUGAUUUCCUUUCUCAUUUGAUGUGUUGCUGCUGUGCCCUUGUCCAAGAAUGGAGAGAGGUGGAGAUCCGUGGGGCUUAUGGUCUUGAGAAGACAAAGACAAGCCCUCCACCCUCGCAAUACAUGGAAUCUUAAGUGAUAGAAUGAAGUGAUCUGGAUGGUAUGAAACUUUAUAUGCACCUUGGCAGCAGUAUAUAAUGUCCAUACUUUUAACCCAUAUGCAUUGUAGGUGUCUAUAUCUUCUAAAUUCAGCUCAGGGUGAAUCAUAGACAGUUUUUUAGUGUUGUCUCAACUUGUUAAUUAUUUUAUUUUAUUUAUCAUGUCAGUUAACAUUGCCUCAAGGAUUUGAUGGGACUCAUAUCUUGUGGGUGGCCUAAAUAUUUAGUAAUUGUGAAAGGCGGGGGCCGAACAAAAAUAGGAUGGACUAUACUGCAUGUACAUAUUAUAACUCUUUAACUUUCUUGAUAUAUAUUAUGUAGAUAUAUAUUAUAUAUAUGGGUG